AAUUCUCUCUCUCUCCCCUAUCUUUCUCACGCCUCCACCUCCCCUUUUAUCUCUUCAAUUUCUCCACCCACCACCAUCCUCUUUCUCUAAUCUUUACUUUCCUCUUCAUUUCAAUUUUAGGAAAUUAGAUCUAGAUUUUACCCCUUUCUCUUAUCUUCAAUUCAAAAUCCAUUUUGGCCGGCGAAAUGAUCUGUGCCGAUUUGUCUGUUCUCCCCUGCAGCCUUGUAGCAGUGAAGGAAGAAUUCGGGUGAUUCCACACACCGACUCAUGUUCUCGUAGCAAGAGAAGCAUGUCCACAAUCAUCGAGGAAGAAGAGCACAAACUUUAUGAUUUCCAGGAGAAAACAAGCUCGUUUGUAGAUGAACUUGAAAUAGGUAACUAAUUUUUUUAUGUUUAGUGAAAUGUAAUUUGUUUGUUUCUUUUUGAAUAAUCUGCUCAUCCAUUUGUGUGCAAUGGGUGGUGUGUUUUGUUUUAUUUUUAAUGAAAGAAGCUGUGAAUUAUAAUUGCCCGUAUAUGGUAUAAGAAGUGAAAACUUGUCCUGGAGGGAGAUUUAUUUUUUUUGGCUUUUUGAGUUCCCUCCAAAUCUGAAUUAUUGUGAUGGCAUAGUUCCGUACUUGCGUAGAAGAGAUGAUGACUUAGUUGUUUUAUUUUAAAAUAUUAUGUGGUGUACAGCAGACAUGGGUCUUUUAUUGUGGGGUCUAAAAGUUGCUUUUGUACUGUAGCAACUCUAUCACACUUCUACGGAAAAGAACCGCGCAGUACUAACUAAAAGGGCUUUAUUGGAACAAAUAUUAUUUUAUUCGUGUUUCUUAAUAUGUGUGCCCAGCCUCAUGUUGCAAGAUUUCUAGAAAGGAGGAAGUAUUUUGUUUGACUUGUCAACAUUCAAAACCCCGCAUUCCCCUGUUCUCCUGUUAGGUUUGGUCAACAAAUGCAUCGGACUCUUUGGUAAACCUCGGCCUCUGCACAAACUGUCUACCUGUGGAACCUUUGCAGAUCACAAGAUAUAUAAUGUAGCUUUUGGUAUACCAGAAGAGAAAGAAGAAGCACAGAAACGGCGCCUCUCCGUUUGUUUUCUUCUUUCUGUGGAUGCGGUCAUGGCUGCGGUUCUUGGAUUUGCUGUCAAUACGUCAUCCUGCUCUGCUUUUUGUACUGCCAAAUCAAAUCUUUCUUUCUUACCCAAACGAUGGUUUCGCAAAAGGGCUGUCUUUGUUGUGGACUCUCCUCCUGCUUCUAUUGAUUUCGUUUCGAGAAUUUCCUUCAGAGCCACCAGGAAACUUCAUUCUCUUAAGGCUCUUUCAACCAUUGAUCAAACUGAAGCUCCAAAAUGGUGGGAGAAAACUGCAGGGCCUAACAUGAUUGAUAUUCAUUCUACAAAAGAAUUCUUGGAUGCAUUAAAUCAGGCUGGAGAUAGACUAGUUAUAGUUGAAUUUUAUGGCACAUGGUGUGCUUCUUGUAGAGCAUUAUUUCCCAAGCUUCGUAAAACUGCUAGGGAGCACUAUGAUAUUGUAUUCCUUCAAGUCAAUUUUGAUGAAAACAAGCCUAUGUGCGAAAGUUUGGAUGUAAAAUUCCUUCCAUAUUUCCACUUCUAUCGUGGGGCUGAUGGACAGCUAGACUCCUUUUCUUGCUCACUUGCCAAAUUCCAGAAAAUUAAGGAUGCCAUUGAAUUACACAAUACGGCACGUUGCAGCCUUGGCCCUCCUAAAGGUGUGGGAGAUAUCAAACUGGAAACCCCUUUGAUUGCAAAAGACAUACCAGAUGAAUCUUCUUCCCCUCCAUGAUAUCUUGGUUAAAGGUCUCCCCAGAAAACAUACCUUAGUUUUUGUGAAAUCUGCAGGUUGGAGAAACAGUAGGAUGUUCAUAUUAUCACCUUAUUCUUUUCUGUACUAUAGAAUCAAUUUUUUGUGUUUAUAGAUAAAAGAUUACUAGAGAUGCAGUUUAGAAUUAGUCCAUUCUUUUAUUAUAUGUUGUUCUGCUGCUUGAGUGACAAUUUGCAGGCACUAAAAUAAUUAACAGUACCCCUAAUAGUGAUCAUGCAUGGUUUUA